AUGGAUUUCAUACUCCUACUGACCCUGGGCAUGUGGAUGAUACGAGGCUCGGCUCCAGAGGUUUCGUUGAUAGGCCUGCCAGGCACCGCUAGACUGGCAGAGAACAGCAAGGCUGGCACUGUGACCUACAGCUUCCAGGUGGCUCUGUCCCCAGGUGCCAGCUUGGCAUCAGGAUACCCCAGGAUACUCAACUCUGACCCCCUCACCAACACAUUCACUGUGUCCAUGAUCAACACUAACAAAGCACAGGUAACAGUAACAGGUACUACCAACCUGGAUUUUGAGACGUCACCCAACAGCUUUGCCCUUCAAAUCCUCGCUGUGGACAGUACGAAGGACAUGGCUCUUCAGAGACUCACAGUGAUCCUAACUGAUGUCAACGAACCCCCUGUAUUCCUAGAUGAAGAGUCUGUCCUGUAUGUUCUGGAGAAAUCCCCACCAGGACAGAUCUACAGGCCAACAGUCUCUGAUCCUGAGAACCAGCCUGUGACUUUUACACUGACCCCGUCAAACACAGAGUUUCGUAUUGACGUUGGCUCAGGCUUCCUGACUACAACUAAACAGUUCAACUACCUGACUGACCCCAGAAGCUAUGCCUUCAAGCUGACAGUGAGUGAUGGGAACAACAGUGUAUCCAGAACACUGGUCAUCAACAUCGUCAACAGGAACGAUGAUAAACCUCAGUUCCUGAAUACAAUCACAGACUUCACAGUUUCUGAGGAGCUGAGUCCAGGGUUUAUCGUGACCAACAUCACAGCAGUGGUACCCGAUGACUCCUUCUACAUCAUCUACAGCAUCGGCACCAACAACUACCUGGCUAUACACAGAUACACUGGCCUGGUGACUAUAGCCAACAGGAUGGACCGUGACUCAGCUCCUCUCAGGGAGGACCCCGUCAUAAUGGUCACCGUGACAGCCACCUCCAGCCCCUCUGGUCCUCCCUCCAACACCAUCACUCUGACCAACACCAUCACUCUGACCAUCACCGUCACUGACAUUAACGACAACCCUCCCAUCUGCUCCCCAGACGCACAGAGGGUGGCAGUAUCUGAGACGGAAAAGCCUGGGGCCCUGAUCACCACGGUAACGUGUACAGAUAAUGACGUUGAGACGGCCUUCAGAGAGUUCCUGUUCACUGGCCUGUCCUGUCUGGGCUGCGCUAACCGCUUUGCUCUGGAACCCACGGGAUCCAAUCAGAUCGUACUCAAAGGAAACCUAGACCUUGAGGAUCCCAGUAACCUGCUUGAUGGUAAUGAAUACAGCCUGUUGGCUGUGGCUGAGGAUAAGGAUGAGCCCAACCUAAAAGGUAGUGCAUACAUCUAUGUGACGGUGACACCUGUGAAUGAGUUUCCCCCUGUGUUUAGCCCUCCAUCGUAUUUCUACAGAAUCUCUGAGCUUCUUGGACGUGGGACGGUGAUAGGAUCAGUGAAAGCUACGGACAGAGACCUCCCUGCCACCGGCGUCCGUUACUCCCUGAUCUCUGGUGGAGGAACUGGUGGUCUGUCUAACAUCUUCUCCCUGGACCCCAAGUUGGGGAGUCUCGCCCUACUGACCCGGCCAGACUACGAGACCACCCAGACCUACAGCCUGGUCAUCAGAGCUCAGGACGGGGACCCCAUCAGUCCGCUCAUUGCCACCACUACGGUCACUAUCAACAUCACAGAGGCCAAUGACGAGCCUCCACUGUGUGGCCCCAACCAGACACAUCUAAUAGUCCCCAAGGACCUGAGGACGGGCUCCAACAUCCAGGGCUUCAUCAUGACCUGCUCAGACAGGGACUCCCCUCCAGCUUCCUUCAUCUACUCUAUCUCAGGGGCCAGCAACCUGAACAACCAUUUUGUGUUCUCACCUUCCUCUGGCACCAACGUCACCAGACUCUUCCUGAAGGAACCCUUUGACUAUGAGAGUGGCCUGGACCGGGUCUGGCACUACAGCCUGACUGUGCUGGUUUCUGAUGGGAACCUGCGGUCUGCAGGGUCUGAGCCAAGAGGUCUGACCCAGACUGGCACAGUCAUCAUCAAUAUCCUAGUAGUGGACCCUGACCUCACCACCGUCACCACUACAACUAUACCUCGUGUAACAUACAUCACCAUCACCGAGAACACCUACAGCAUUGACGACUGGUAUAUAUGGUUUGUCAUUGCUCUGGGGACCAUGCUACUGCUGGGUUUACUGUCAUACCUGCUGUAUCACCUCUGUGGGAAGCUCUACAAGGCUCUUAAACACAGUGACUGCUCCUGCUGCAAACCCAGGGCCCGGGAAGACAAGGAAGUACUGAUCCCAGAACCAACACCUCCAAAGAGGGAAAUAUUAAUGGAAGUGAUCAAGAUCAACACUGUAUUUGAUGGAGAGGAAGUUGAUCCUGUCACAGGGAGGGUGUACGAGUACAACAGUAAGUCUGGAGCCAGACGCUGGAAGGACGGUACCACUGUGUCUGAGUUUGUCCCUAUGAUACAGCCAGAGAGCAGCACCAUGGUCAUUCCUCAUGGUCAUUCUGCCCAAUCACAGGCUAGGAGUGGGAGGGCUAGCACUGGCCAAUCAAAAAUGAGGAGUGAGGGAGUAGGCAGGGCCACAGAGGAUAGAAGAUCUCCCUGGUCCAGUCAGAGCAGACAAACGUCUGGGCAGUCUGCAAGUUCUGCUCGGUUAGCUCUUUCAGAAGGAGGCGUAAAGUUAGAUAUGGUACCCAUGACAACUAGGGGAAGGCUCAACAUGUCUGAAGUCUGAUUCCUCACUGACAUAUAAUACAUUACUUGUGUGUUUAGAAAUCUUUCAAAUCAUUAUUAUAGUCAAGCAUAGGAUUUUUGUUUUGUGGAAAAAUGUUUAGCCUUUACAACAGUUGUGUAAUUGUUUCUGCAAAUAAUGUACGUGCAGAGAUACUCAAAUACGUUGUACAUUAGUACAAGCUGGGUCGGGUCAUAAUAUGACUUGGUUACAGCUUUGUAAAUCAAGAUAACAGACAAAUAAAUAUAACCUGUCAAUGCUUAUCUAGA